CAGUUGAUGCAUAUGUAUCUAGGGCCUAGACAGUUGAUGCAUAUGUAGCUAGGGCCUAGACAGUUGAUGCAUAUGUAGGUAGGGCCUAGACAGUUGAUGUAUAUGUAGGUAGGACCUAGACAGUUGAUGCAUAUGUAGGUAGGACCUAGACAGUUGAUGCAUAUGUAUGUAGGGCCUAGACAGUUGAUGCAUAUGUAGCUAGGGCCUAGACAGUUGAUGCAUAUGUAGGUAGGACCUAGACAGUUGAUGCACCUUCCUUUGCCAGAGACAGACAGAGACAGAUAGACAGGGUGGAAGUGGUAGCCUACAUCUCUAAGGGAUGGAGGUAGGGCCUAGACAGUUGAUGCACCUUCCUUUGCCAGAGACAGACAGAGACAGAUAGACAGGGUGGAAGUGGUAGCCUACAUCUCUAAGGGAUGGAGGUAGGGCCUAGACAGUUGAUGCACCUUCCUUUGCCAGAGACAGACAGAGACAGAUAGACAGGGUGGAAGUGGUAGCCUACAUCUCUAAGGGAUGGAGGUAGGGCCUAGACAGUUGAUGCACCUUCCUUUGCCAGAGACAGACAGAGACAGAUAGACAGGGUGGAAGUGGUAGCCUACAUCUCUAAGGGAUGGAGGUAGGGCCUAGACAGUUGAUGCACCUUCCUUUGCCAGAGACAGACAGAGACAGAUAGACAGGGUGGAAGUGGUAGCCUACAUCUCUAAGGGAUGGAGGUAGGGCCUAGACAGUUGAUGCACCUUCCUUUGCCAGAGACAGACAGAGACAGAUAGAGAUGUAGGCUACCACUUCCACCCUGUCUAAGGGAUGGAGGUAGGGCCUAGACAGUUGAUGCACCUUCCUUUGCCAGAGACAGACAGAGACAGAUAGACAGGGUGGAAGUGGUAGCCUACAUCUCUAAGGGAUGGAGGUAGGGCCUAGACAGUUGAUGCACCUUCCUUUGCCAGAGACAGACAGAGACAGAUAGACAGGGUGGAAGUGGUAGCCUACAUCUCUAAGGGAUGGAGGUAGGGCCUAGACAGUUGAUGCACCUUCCUUUGCCAGAGACAGACAGAGACAGAUAGACAGGGUGGAAGUGGUAGCCUACAUCUAUAAGGGAUGGAGGUAGGGCCUAGACAGUUGAUGCACCUUCCUUUGCCAGAGACAGACAGAGACAGAUAGACAGGGUGGAAGUGGUAGCCUACAUCUCUAAGGGAUGGAGGUAGGGCCUAGACAGUUGAUGCACCUUCCUUUGCCAGAGACAGACAGAGACAGAUAGACAGGGUGGAAGUGGUAGCCUACAUCUCUAAGGGAUUGAGGUAGGGCCUAGACAGUUGAUGCACCUUCCUUUGCCAGAGACAGACAGAGACAGACAGACAGGGUGGAAGUGGUAGCCUACAUCUCUAAGGGAUGGAGGUAGGGCCUAGACAGUUGAUGCACCUUCCUUUGCCAGAGACAGACAGACAGGGUGGAAGUGGUAGCCUACAUCUCUAAGGGAUAGAGGUAGGGCUGGGGCUUGUGUUCUACAUCUGAAAGUAUAACCACAGCACGGCUGACAUGUUGAAUCUACGGUGAGUACAUCGACAUAAACACCUUCUUCUUAUGUGUGACUUUUUAUUUUUUAUGACAAAGCAAAUGCUUUUAACAUACUGUGAUUUUCUGCCAUUUUAAUUAACAUAUUAGUUUAAACUAUUUUGUCGUUCUCUUUAUGUGCUGUCUGUCUGUCACUACUUGUCAAUGUGUUUUGUUCUAUUUCUGUAUCCCCAUUUUGACAGGAAGCGUCAUGAUGCAAUAACAGAUGUAAAACUAAACUAAACUCACUUCCUGUCAGAAAUCAGAAGAGCUUCAAUAGGAAAUGAAAUGCUGUCAAACAUGAAAUCAUUACGUGUCUCUUGUCUGCUUGUCUCUUGGUAAAACUGGAAAAACUAAAUGCACAAAAAAUGCAAUGACAUAUAUAGUUUGAAUGUACCUAUCCUAUUCUACCUAGAAGAUAGAACAAGACUUUGCUGAUUUGUUAGAGGAUUCAUUUUCAGGAGAGUUACACUUUGUGCAUUUUUUACGAAGCCAAGCCAGACAUGUCUCCUGGAACGUUACCGGUGCUGGGAGAGGAAGAGGAAGAUGUAGGACAGGAAGAGAUAGAGGGAGAGCCUGGUGGAGAAACUGAAACUGUAUCUGACCAUAUCUCAGUGGAGAUAUAUGAUGACGAAGAGGAGACUCAACAUAUUGUUGAAGAAGAGAUGGGUUCAGGACAUGAGGAUACUCAACCUAUUGAUGAGGAAGAGGCAGAGAUGAUGGACUCAGGAGAAGAAGAGGACACAGGAAUAAAGAACCUUGGCUCGCCAGGGGGUUGGUCUGUGGUUGUUCACUACGAUGAAGAAAGCUGGGAUGGUGCACUCCAGGACAUAGAGAAGAUUGUAACCACAGGACAACCUUUUGCCGAACAAGACAGUGAAAACCGUGAAGUCAGAAACGCAGAGCAAGGUACUUUCGAAAACAGUGAUGUGAGGUGUUUUGUGGGUGUCACUGAAGACGUCACCAUGGAGAUCACAGCAGAUAUAUGUGAAGAAGAGGAAAGACAGACGGAUGAAGAAAACCAAGAGGAAUCAUCUGAUUCAGACCUGGAGGUCCUGACUAGCUCUAUCACCAAAAAACAGAGAAAAGAGGCAAAUAAAGUAGCGAACUUACUCUCCCAGCAGACUGUUCCUCGGGAGAAUGAAGAGGAAGACGAGCAAGAAGAAGAUGGAGCUCCAGAGGUUGUUUGUGAUUGGCCAGAUCCUGCAGCAACACAGAAUGUGCAAGCUCUUAUGGUCAACGCCUUUGUGGAACACCCUCUUCAGAAGAAAAUGAAGGAGUUCCAAUUGGACGACCACCAAGAGGCAGAUGACCCCUCUGUUUGCUCUCCGUGUAAAUACAAAAAGGAUGGAGGAAAACUGUCUAGUCCCUUGGAAGGUAUCUGGAAUACAGAAGAGAAAGUAGACGUGGUAACAGCCUCUAUCUCUCCACGCGUAGAAGGUGAGCAAGAUUUAGCAGAUUGUGCGAUGUUCAAAACCAAUAUUGACACUAGCAUGAGGAAGAGUAUUGGAUACCAUCUUGAACCUCAGAGUGACAACAAUAGUUCCAGAGGCAGUUCUAGUGAGGAUGAGGAGGAACAACAGAAGUAUAAGGAAGAACACCAAGCGCUGCCAAGAUACCAGGGUCUUCCUCGGAGAGACCGGGGGUCUGAGGAUUCUCCUCUUCAAGUUCAGUGGGGAGGUGGAGAGGAGGACGGCUCCAAGCAGAGCGUUGCUGCCGACCUGCAUCUUUCAGAAACCAUCUCCGAUGUCUCCACUUUUACCCUUCACAGUGAGGCCAGACGCGGUAGAGCAGCUAUAACUAUCUCCAGAGGUACCGGCAACAUGUCACCAUCUGGCUCUGAGGAAAGUUUGCCCGCAGCGUUGUGGACAUUGGAGGCUGAACAACGAGAGGAUAAACGGGAGACUUGGCUUUGGGGUGAGGCUGGGCCAGGCGCUUUAGAAGAGGAACAUCUUUACAAAGUUCAACUGGAACUAGCAGGAAGGUUGAAGAGCCACAUUCACACUGAUAUAAGCUGGGACACAGGGAAAAAUAAUGUGGAACGUGGUGGUUUAAUUCAAGAUUACCAAUAUGACGCGUCUGGAAUCACAGAGAGUGGAGAACUUGCAGACGAAGAGGAUGACGAAGAGGAUAAUAGGAGUUGGGAACAAGAGAAAGAGAGAAUCAAGGCAUUCUACAAGUUUUAUAAUGAUGAAGAGGAAGAGGGGGAGAAUGCCACUGGAACAGAAUGUGAUUUUUCAGGGAGGAAGAGUUCAGUUCAGUUCUGCAUGGAUCCCCUGCCUCAAGUCAUUGAAUACACAGACAGCAGUGAUGUUGAUUUGGUCGACAACUUAUCUGAUGGAGACGAGGACCUGGAUUCUACAGAAAGACUUGAAGAGCAGAGUGAGCCUGAGAGACAGAGAAUGAGUUUACCCGAGACUCGGGAGCCACAAGGAGAACUACAAGAUCUCAGCAAAAUGCCUCAGACCCACACCAAGAGAGACCAGUGUCUGAGGGUGCUAAAGUUACUGGUGAAGAUAACCCUGUUGACAGUGAUUGGACUUCUGACAUUUUGGUGGACAAGAUACCAACUGGACUUGGAAUGGUGAUUUGGCUAAAAUUGUCUUGCCUAACGACUGUACUGUAUUGCCAAUGUGUCUGAAUAUAAUUAGAACGUAAAAAGUAGCAGUAGUUUUAAGUAAAAAAAAAAAGGCUUACUUGUAAGGCAAAUGCUAUCUCCUUAUAUACUGUAGUUGCUGUCACUUAUUUGUAUCAUGGCAUCAUCUAUAUCAUGUCUUUAUCUGUUUUGAGGAUAAUAAAGGGGUAUAUUUAUAGUCCCAUUCGAC